AAUGUCAAUGUCAAGUAUAGAAAACACUUGUCAAUCUUGUGUUGUUACAUGUACUUGUUGAUACGAUUUCUGAGAAGUUUGGCGCUCCGAAGUUAUUAAAGUACAAAAUAAAAUGGAAUCUGACAUAGUUGAAGAGGAUAUAGACGGUUCCAUUGUCAGCAUACACGUUCGUAACUUCUUUUGCCAUGACAAUUUGGAAGUUAAUUUAAACAGAAAUGUAAAUUUUAUUGUUGGUCGCAACGGGAGCGGGAAAAGUGCUAUUCUAACUGCGUUAGUGGUCGGCUUAGGGGGCAGAGCCUCUGCUACAAACCGCGGAAGUAAUCUACAUUCAUUCAUAAAAAAGGGCGCCAACUCCGCUACAAUAGAGAUUAAAAUCAAGAAUAGCAGCCCUAAGUCCUACAAGCAUCAUAUUUACGGUGACUUCAUAACUAUUGUGAGGAAUAUAAAUGCUUCGGGCGGCUCUAGUUAUAAAGUGAAGACUGCUUCGGGUGACGUAGCUUCAACGAAAUUCGAAGAAGUAAACUCAAUAAUUCUUGCACAUGACAUACAAGUUGACAACCCUAUCUCAGUACUUAAUCAGGAUGAUGCUAGAAGCUUCCAUGCUUCUGAUGCCAAGAAGAAGUACUCCCUGUUCCGUAAGGCGACGAACUUGGAUCAGACGGAAAAUAAUUAUAAUGUAGCCAUUGAAAAUUGUCAGAAAGCCACUGCGAUAUGGAACAGGAAAAAUGAUGCAUGUGCAGACCUAGAAAAAGAGUACAAAAAGUGGAAGGCGAGCCACGAGCAAUUGAGAUCUCGUGACGAGAUCAAAGCUCUUAAGACUUCUCUCCAGAACGAGUACUACUGGAGCGAGAUCUCUGAGUUGGAGCGAGAAGCGGGGAAGAUACAAGAAGAGUAUGACAGGCAGAAAGCUAUGAUGGACAAGUUGAGGGAGAAGCUCAGUAAAAUGGAACAGAAUUACGGCAGCAAAACCAGUGCUAUUGACGAAUUACGAAACAUUCUAGACCAGAAAAAUCUAGAAAAAACCGCUUUAGAGCAAGAGAUGCGCGCGUUAGAGGGCGAAGUGAACAGCGUGCAGGCGGCCUGGCGCGGCUCGCAGCACAGCGCCGGCAAGUACAGCGAGUCGCUCAACCGGGAGAAGAGGAAGGUCGCCGACCUGGAGCGAGAGAUACAGUACAUUGGGUCAGGUGCAGUUGAGUCGAAUCGCGCUCAGCUAGAGGAACGCUCGGGCCGCGCUGUAGCCGCGGCGGAGGCGGCUCGCGCGCGGUACGGCACGGCGCAGCACGAGGCGGCGCAGGCGCGGGACGCCGUGGCGCACGCGCAGGCGCAGGCCGACGCGCAUGCCCAGCGACAACAGCGACACAGGGACUCGCUGCGGCAACUGAAGCAACAACUGCGCGAGUUGGAGUCUCGCGGCAACGACUCGCUGGCGGUGUACGGCAGCAACAUGGUGGAGCUCUGCCAGCGCGUCACCGCCGCCGCCAACAAGGGACACUUCUCGCAGAAGCCGAGGGGACCUAUCGGGGCUUAUCUGAAAGUGAAGGAGAAGAAGUGGGGCGGAGCGCUAGAGCACAUCCUCGGCGGGAAUGUUCAAACGUUCUGCGUGAACAAUGCUGAAGACUCCAGGAAGCUUAACCAGAUUAUAAAUCAAGUAUACGGCUCAGGUCCGAAACCAAGCGUAACAUGCAGCAAGUUUCUGCCUCGCAUGCACGACGUCCGUCGCGGGCGCGUGCGGGCGCCGGGCUUCCUGUCCGCGCUGGACUCGCUGGACGUGCCCGACCCUGUCGUCGCUAACUUCCUCAUCGAUAACGCUGCUAUGGAGAGAGUGCUGCUUGUUCCUGAACAUGAUGACGCGAUCCGUCUAUCGGACAACGAGGAGAACGUACCUGAGAAUCUGCUGAAGAUAGUGACGCUGGACUGUACGGAGUACCACCCCGCGCCCAACUACCGCAGCUACGGCGGCUCCGGCCGCAAGAGUCGCUUCCUGCAUCUUAGCACUGCUGAGAGGAAGAAGUGAGUCACAAUCUUGUCAUAUUGUCAUCUG